GACGUGGUGGUGUUGUGCUUCUCCAUUGCUAACCCUAACUCCCUGAAUCAUGUGAAGACAAUGUGGUGUCAAGAGAUCAAGCACUUCUGCCCUCGGACCCCUGUGAUUCUGGUGGGCUGCCAACUGGACCUUCGCUAUGCCGAUCUGGAAGCUGUCAAUCGAGCCAGGAGGCCAUUGGCAAGGCCUAUCAAGAAGGGAGACAUCCUGCCACCAGAAAGAGGCAGGGAAGUUGCUAAAGAGCUUGGCAUACCCUAUUAUGAAACCAGCGUCUUUGACCAGUUUGGCAUCAAGGAUGUGUUUGAUAAUGCAAUCCGAGCAGCCCUCAUUUCCAGGAGACACUUGCAGUUCUGGAAAUCCCAUUUGAAGAAAGUCCAGAAACCUUUGCUCCAAGCUCCAUUUCUACCUCCAAAGGCUCCUCCCCCUGUUAUCAAGAUCCCAGAGUGUCCCAUCCUCAAGAUCAAUGACGUGGGAUACUUACUGGACAAUCCCUUGUGUGCAGAUGUGCUGUUUAUUCUUCAGGAACAGACUCAGAUUUUUGCUCACAAGAUCUACUUAGCUACCUCUUCGUCCAAGUUUUAUGACCUUUUCUUAAUGGAAUGUGAAGAAACACCCGACUUGACUGAAAGCUUUUGUAGUAAAGGUAGCAAUCUCCCCGCCAGAACCUGUAGCCUUGAAGCAGUUGAUCAGGAAGCUGAAGGGGCAGCUGCAACACUUUCUGCUUCAACUGAGGGCCUCCAGGUGGAGCCUGAAGCAGGAGAAGCCACCUGCCCAAAACAGGGUCCAACGCUCUGGGGCAAAGGUUUCAUAAGCCUACAUCAAGAGAUGCAGAUUAACCCCAUUUCGAAGAGGGUCUGUGCAGUGACGGUGGUCAAGAUGGAGGCUUCCAUCCAACCGGGACCUUUUAAAACCGUCCUGCAGUUUUUAUACACCGGGCAGCUGGACGAAAACGAAAGGGACCUCACCCGGGUAGCUCAAAUUGCUGAGAUCCUGGAAGUGUUUGACUUGCGGAUGAUGGUAGAAAACAUAACCAACAAGGAAGCCUUCAUGAACCAGGAAAUUACAAAGGCUUUCCACGUCCGGAAGGCUAACAGAAUAAAAGAAUGCCUCUGUAAGGAGACCUUUUCUGAUGUGGUAUUCGUGUUGGAAGACGGAAAGAUAAAUGCUCAUAAACCACUUCUAAUCUGUAGCUGUGAAUGGAUGUCUGCAAUGUUUGGAGGAUCCUUUGUGGAAAGCUCAAACAGUGAG